AAUUUAUGCAACCCUGAAGAAUAGAGACAGGGUUGGUUAAAAGCGCAAAAUAUUUUAGUUCAAACCAAACACAAACAGAAAACGUCAGACAAUUUACAUACCGACAAAAACAAUUUAUUUUUAACUAUCCUAGUUUUAAAUAACUAUGGCCGCUAAUACUGGGACCUACUUAGAACCUAUUUUGCAAAGACAUUUCACUGGUCACAUUGGCGCAAUAUCAUCAAUACGAUUUAAUAUAAAUGGCGAUCAAAUUGCUACUGCUUCAACAGAUGCCUCAGUGAUAUUAUGGGACUUGAAACAAGCAGCUCGUUGUAUACGAUUCGGUGUACACACUGGACCUGUCCAUGGAGUAAGUUGGUCUUCAAACCUUAUCGCUUCUACAGGCCAGGAUCGUACGGUGAAAAUAUGGGAACCAAAAAUACGUGGCGUGUCUUGUGAAUUUAUCGCACACUGUAAAACUGUGCGAAGUGUUGAUUUUGAUCCAACAGGAAUGAUGCUUAUAACGGCUUCAGAUGAUAAAUCCGUUAAGUUGUGGAAGGUUGCACAGCGAAAAUUUCUUACAUCUUUUGCAUAUCAUACAAACUGGGUACGUUCUGCCAAGUUUAGUCCAAAUGGAAAGUUGAUAGCUUCUUGUUCUGAUGAUAAAACUUUACGCAUAUUUGAUGUAAACUCUGGUCAGUGUAUACGCACAUUCACAGAAGAACGUGGAAUGGGACGUCAGGUGGCAUGGCAUCCAACUGGUAAUGUCGUAGCAGUGGCUCUUUCUUGUAAUAGAGUAAAAUUAUUUGAUAUUGCUGAAACUGAAUUAAUUCAGUUAUAUCAAGUUCACUCAGCUCCUGUUAAUGAUUUAUCAUUUCAUCCAAACGGAAACUUUAUGCUUACUGGUAGUGAUGAUGAGACUAUAAAAGUCCUUGAUUUACUAGAAGGACGUCCCAUAUAUACUUUAACUGGACACGUUGGACCAGUAAGCGCAGUUUCUUUUUCAUCUGAUGGUAGUAUAUUUUCUUCUGCUGGCAGAGAUAGAAAGUUGUUAGUGUGGAAAUCAAAUCUCCAUACAUUUGAUUUUUCACAAUUUCAAGCAAAAGUCAAUGAAACCACAUGUAGCAAAAACGCGCUUAACACAUCGGCAUCUGAUCAAAGCAUUUUGAUUGAUCCACGCGGUACCAACACUUACAAUGAGCAAGAUGAAAAUUUGCAGGUGCUUGAUGGUAUAAAUACUGAAAAACCACACGAUAAUGAUGGUAUCCGAUAGCAAUUUACAAUUUGAAUCAUUCCGUAAUGUAGACAUAACUGACAAUAAUUCAAACCAUUGCAUCUGCUAUUCUAGCAUUUGCGAAUCGAUCAGUCAGUUGCAAAUAAAACUGACUACUUUGAACAAACAGCUUUCAGAUGUAUUUGAACUGCUUAAACAUUUGAAUGCAAGACUCGAUUCAAUAGAAAACAAGAUUUAAAUU